AUGCAGCAGCUGCAGUCGGAGCUGGAGGCAUCGCGUAAGCGGGAGAAGGAAUCCGAAGAGCAGCUCCGCUCUGUGGAAGAACUGCAGUCGGAGCUGGAGGCACUUCGUCAGCGAGAGAAGGAAUCCGAAGAGCAGCUCCGCUCUGUGGAAGAACUGCAGUCGGAGCUGGAGGCACUGCGUCAGCGAGAGAAGGAAUCCGAAGAGCAGCUCCGCUCUGUGGAAGAACUGCAGUCGGAGCUGGAGGCACUGCGUCAGCGAGAGAAGGAAUCCGAAGAGCAGCUCCGCUCUGUGGAAGAACUGCAGUCGGAGCUGGAGGCGGCACGCACAGGUGAGAGAGAUAUUCAAGCGCGGGUGUCUCUUCUUGAGGCUGAGGUGUCAAGGGUGGCGUCUGACGCGAAAAGAAGGGAGGAGUUUAUAAAGCAGAAGACACGGGAUAUUGUUGCUGCUGUGAAGGAGGAAUACCGCGACAAGCAGCCGUGCGAGCCGGUAGAGACGGCGGU